AUGUGCGGAAAAGAAGAAGCGGUAUUGCCUAUGAUGGACGACGUGUAUACCGAUCCUGAAGCCGAACUGACCCUCAUAUCUAGCGACAAUGUCGGUUUCAAGGUUCAUCAGUAUUAUCUUCAAGCUCACAGCACUGUCUUCAGAGGAAUGAUACACGAUUUCGCAAAUUCUCUUCCUGAUAGAAAGAUCCAGCUGGUCGACUCCCAAAUCGAACACUCAUCUACCGUUAGAAUGUUCCUGGAUGUAAUAACUGGCAAGUCUCUCAAGCUAGUACGGGAUUCUCUUGGAUCAUUUCGGAACUGCAUUCUCCUGUCAAAGAAAUACGAAUGCGAGUUUGCCUUGAGCUGUCUCUCACAUCAUGCUAGCUCUUUUGUACCACAAUGGAUAUCCCCUCAUUACGUGUUUAUAAUUGCCGCUGAGCUUGAUAACAUGGAUCUCGCUAUGCGUGCCAUUGCGAAGAAAGGAAAUUGGACUUGGCCUCUCGAUCGCACAAUACCGGAUCCUCCUCGGUGGCGACAGCUUCAAGAAUCGGAGGAGAGCUCAGCCGGCUAUCUUGGGCUCAGCAGAGGUGCCGGGGUCUUGGAGGUGGCAUCAUGGCCAAUCUGGGAGAUUGAGAGAGUCCCUCUAGCUUAUAUGGUUGCUUUGAUGAAGGUAGACAGGAAACAUAGUCUAGCUGGCAGCGAUGACAAUAGGGAAACAGCGGUGGAAUAUUUUGGCGAAGUGAUGAAAGACAAGCAGGAUACGUCUAUCAAGGCCUGA